AUGCCCGGAUCACUCCACCAGACGAUCCUUUGUCUAGUACUCAGCGCUGCAAUCGUGGCAGGUUCUGCUCCUGCAGGAGUAUGGGACUCGUUCAACUUCGCACCCGACUCGAAAACCGUCUCACCGGUCUCCAUUCGCGAAGCUGUCGGCGACGUGUCCUUCACGAACGCGUCGGACGGGUCGCCGAACUCUAUCAUCCUUUCUAGUAAUGGGGCAUAUGCUGCUCUGGACUUUGGGAAGGAGGUCGGCGGUCUGAUAACCUUGAGCUUUGCUAAUACCACGGAUUCGUCUGCGAUAUCCCUCUCGUUCACCGAGUCGCCUCUCUUCAUCCGGCCGGACUUCUCAGACGACUCUACUUAUCCCGCUACAAACCUAUCAUAUGAUGGUGUGCAACCUGUCUCGGCGCCUCUCCCGAACGGCACAUGGACGCAGGAUGCGCGCUGGCUUCGCGGCGGAUUUCGUUUCUUGACGCUUGUCUCUACCUCUGACAGUGCUGUGACCAUAUCCAACGUGACCUGUGCUAUCUCUUUCAUGCCCCAUGUCGACGAUCUACGCGAUUACGCCGGAUAUUUCUACUCUUCUGACCCUAUCUCUCACGACGCGGACUUCCUCACAAAGUUGUGGUACGCUGGCGCAUACACUGUGCAGACGAACACUGUACCACUCGAUACAGGCCGGCAGAUACCCGUCGUGAAGCCACCUGGCUGGGCCAACAAUGCAACGCUCGGUCUCGAGGGUCCUAUCAUUGUCGAUGGUGCCAAACGCGACAGGGCUGUAUGGCCCGGAGAUAUGGGCAUCGCUGUACCUACUCAAUUCGUAUCAACGAAUGAUCUGCUCCCUACCAAGAACGCCCUCAACACGAUGUUUGCCGCGCAAAACCCUACGACUGGUGCCUUACCUGAGUCUGGCCCGCCACUCAGCCAGCUAGGCAGCGACACGUAUCAUAUGUGGUCAAUGAUCGGCGUGAUGAACGCGUUUCUUUACGAUGGGGACAUAAACUUCUUGGAGAAUCUAUGGUCGAACUACACGUUUGCCAUGGCUUACAUGCAGUCCAAAGUCGAUUCCAGCGGGCUCGUUAACAUCACCGGUCUCCGAGACUGGGCACGGCAAGGUGGCGGUGGACACAAUGCAGAGGGAAAUGCAUUAUACUACAAAGUACUCGUCAACAGUGCCACACUCGCGACGUGGCUCAACAAAACCGAUCAGGCGGAGGCAUGGGCACAGAACGCCACGAUCUUCAAACAAACAUUCAAUGACGCGUUCUGGUUAGAAGACAUCGGGAUGUAUAGGGACAACACGAGCACCACGCUCGCGCCCCAGGAUGCGAACAGCAUGGCAAUCUUGUUCAACCUCACUGCAUCGGCCGAACAGGCCGACUCCGUGAGCGCCGGGCUCGAGAAGAACUGGAAUGAGUACGGAGCUGUAGCGCCCGAACUACCCGACACCAUCAGCCCCUUUAUCGGCGGUCUAGAAUUGCAAGCUCACUUUGAGUCAGGUAACGAUGCGCGCGCAAUGGAACUGCUCCGUCGCGAGUGGGGGUACAUGCUCUACACGAACCUGUCGGUUGAGUCCACGCUCCUCGAGGGAUACACCGGCAACGGGUCGCUCUACUACCGCUACUACCAAGGCUACAACGACGAUGCCGCGUACACCUCCCAUGCACAUGGAUGGUCCUCAGCGCCGACUUCUGCCUUAACCUUCUACGUGCUUGGCCUUUCAGUCACGACGCCACAGGGCGCGACAUGGUCUCUAGCUCCACACUUAUCUGGUCUUCCAUCCGCUGAGGGUGGGUUCACCACGCCACUCGGCUGGUUCGGCGCUAGCUGGAAGAAUGAUGAUUCAGUGCUCUCAUUGAAUACGACCACGCCCGCGGGGACUACUGGCACCCUUAUCUGGCCUGUCUCUGGAGAAGCGAUCGUGGACGGAGAGCUGCGGGGAAGUGUGGAGGAGCGCACAUCCAUCUCCCUCGACGGCGGAGAGCAUUCCAUUGUGAUUACAGUAGCAUAG